UCUGAAUCUCUCACACCACAACGGCACAAACCAAAAUCAUCAUCUCAUACACACACACACACACAGUCACUGAAAAAAGAAUUCAGAUAAAUAAACCCCACCACUUUAUCUUUAUUCAAUCUACACUUUUUGAUUCAAAGUUUCAAAUAAAUGGAAGAUAACCGUUUUGAUCCACUUUUAAUUACUGAUGUCCAUAGUAAACAACACCAACAACAAAAUUCGAAACUGAAACAGGAAACCCGGUCUCAUUUACCAUCUGUGAGCUUUGCAAUGGCUGAGCCUGAUAAUAUAUGUUUUAACAAGAAUGAAGAUGUUUCAUUGGGAAACCGAAGCCCUGAAAAUGAGUCGAAUAGGGAUAAAGAUUGUAUGGAUCCUAUUGGAAAUGAUGUUCUUGAUGAAAUUUCUUGGAUAAAUAAAAGCUUAGAAGGAAUUGGACGUGAACAUGUUCUUACUGAUGAGAAUAAAAUAAAAGGUGAUUCUGAGAUAGGAUUUUCAUUAGAUUCGCCUGAUUUAGUUAUAUGCCCAGGAUCACCUGAUAUACCUAACCGGACUUAUGAUGUUUCACCCAAAUUAUCAAAAAGGUCUUCCCUCGAGCUCUCUUUUGAAAAUGGUAUAACUGAGGAAUCCAAGAUGAAGGAUCACAAUGACACUCCAGUUGUUUCAAAGGAAGACCGCGGUAGUUCAGAAUCUUCAUUUGAGCUCUUUCCGUUGGCGCCAUGUGAAGAAAAUGUUGAUGAGUGUGAUGAGCUGAUGAGAGCAAAGAGGGAACUUGAGAUGAUGAAAAAGGAAAAUGAAUGCAAGAGUAAAGAAUGCGAAGAGGCUUUGAAUUCUUUAAGAGAACUUCAGAAUGAGUUAAUGAGAAAGUCGAUGCACGUUGGAUCACUAGCUUUUGCAGUUGAGGGUCAAGUGAAGGAGAAAAGUAAAUGGUUUUCAUCUCUAAGAGAUAUGUCAAGAAAACUAAAGAUAAUGAAAAUGGAUCAAAUCAAGCUACUAGAAGAGGCAAAGGUUUACAAAAGACAUGUUGCUGAUAUAAAUGACAUGAGUUGCAUCAUUCAAUCAAAAAUCGAUGAACAAGUUAAACAACAUGAAGAUCUUAAGAUCAGAUUCAGUGAAGGAGCUAAAGAAAGGAAAGAGCUCUAUAACAAGAUUCAAGAGUUAAAAGGCAAUAUUAGGGUAUUCUGUAGGUGUAGGCCAUUGAAUUCGGAGGAAAUUGGUGAAGGAGCUUCAAUGGCAUUUGAUUUUGAAGCUUCUAAAGAUGGUGAACUGAGAGUAAAAUCAAAUGUAGCUUUUAAGAAAAAUUUUAAGUUCGAUUCAGUCUUUAGUCCAGAAGCAAACCAAGUUGAUGUUUUCGAGGACACUUCUGCAUUUGCAACCUCGGUCCUUGAUGGAUACAAUGUAUGCAUAUUCGCAUAUGGACAAACGGGGACAGGGAAGACUUUUACAAUGGAGGGAAUAGAGGAAAACCGAGGAGUUAAUUUUAGGACACUUGAAGAGUUGUUUCGGGUGAUUGAAGAGCGUAAGAAUCAAGUUCGAUAUGAAAUAUGUGUCAGUGUUUUGGAAGUUUAUAAUGAACAAAUUCGCGAUCUACUCCUUCCUACUUCACAGCCAGGAGUUGCUGCAAAGAAGCUUGAAAUAAGACAAGUUGGUGAAGGAUUGCACCAUGUUCCAGGCCUGGUUGAGGCACAUGUGAGCAACAUAGGUGAGGUUUGGGAGGUUUUAAAGACGGGGAGUAAUUCAAGGGCGGUUGGAUCAACUAAUGCUAAUGAACACAGUAGCCGAUCUCAUUGCAUGCAUUGUGUAAUGGUUAAAGGGGAGAAUUUGGUGAAUGGGGAAUGCACAAGGAGCAAGCUUUGGCUUGUUGAUUUAGCGGGAAGUGAAAGGGUGGCUAAAACAGAAGUACAAGGAGAAAGACUUAAAGAAACACAAAAUAUAAACCGAUCACUAUCUGCCCUUGGAGAUGUGAUUUCUGCUUUAGCUACUAAGAGUCCACACAUCCCCUUUAGAAACUCAAAGCUCACUCAUUUGCUUCAAGACUCCCUAGGCGGAGACUCAAAGACACUCAUGUUUGUGCAGAUUAGUCCCAAUGAGAAUGAUUUAAGUGAAUCUCUUUGUUCACUUAACUUUGCUAGCAGAGUUAGAGGAAUAGAAUUGGGUCCUGCAAAAAAACAAAUUGAAAACUCGGAAGUUAUGAAAUACAAACAAAUGGCCGAAAAGUACAAGCAUGAGAUGAAAAGCAAAGAUCUGCAGAUUAAGAAAUUGGAGGGAAAUUUUCAUGGGUUAGACAUGAAGUUGAAAGAAAAAGAGCUGAAAAACAAGAAUCUUCAGGAUAAGGUUAAGGAACUGGAAUCACAGCUUUUGGUUGAGAGAAAAAUCGCACGCCAACAUGUUGACACGAAGAUAGCAGAACAACAAACAAGACAACAACAACAACAAGAGAACGUUAGUUCUACACUUUCAAGACCUCCACUGGCUUCCAAACCAUUAAAUACUCAAAGAAACUCUGUAGAAAGCAAAGAAAACCAACUGAACAUCAUUCAACAAUUACCACUUGCUGAGAAGACUACCUACAAACUACCUGCACCACUUCCUCCUGCAAGAGACUUGGUAAAUCUUGACGACUAUAUGGAUAAAGAACACGAAAAAGAAAACAACCCGUAUAUACCAGCAGAAAGAUUUACAAUCCCAAAACGAACUGGCAGGGCCUCCAUUUGCACGACUUCACAACGGGUCCCAGUGAGAUCAUUAGUACCACGCCGAAACUCAUUAAUUCCUCUACCAAAUAGUACUGCUACUACUACUGCACCUAUUCCUCCAGUCAAGUUUGUGCCACCAUUGCCAUCAAUUGCAGACGAAAAGGAGAAUGUGAAUGGACAUGAGGGUCAUAUGGAGCAGUCUUUAGCAUCAGACAGUCCCAAAAGAAGCAAUGGUGGUGAAAAGAAACUGAUGAAUGCAUUAAGAAGAAGCUUUCAGAAGAAAAACCAAAUGAAACCAUCAUCAUCCCCCAAGCAGCCACGUCGAGUGGGUGGUUUAAACGUAGCAGUGGAGCGUGUUAGGGUCUCGAUUGGUUCCCGGGGAGGAGGGCGUAUGGCUCAUAGAGUUCUUCUUGGAAAUGGAAGAAGAAUGAAGCAACAACAAAACAACUGUGUGGAAAAGGAGCGACGAUGGAACAAUGCCAAAUGAGGCCUGGUCUUUUAACUCAAAUUGAGUUACUAUGUUUUGUAAACCGGUUUUUUCUUUCUUUGCUAAUUGGAAUAGUUUGUCGAAGUCGGUAUAAUUCUCAAUGCAUAAUCUACUAUAUUUGUGUUUAGAAAUAGUUGAUGUUUUUGUGUUUGAUAAAAUCUUGCUCCACACACACUCACAUAAUUAUGGAAGCUGAUGAAUUUGAACUUUAUAUUUCUA